AUGCCGAGCGCCACCGAUGCCGGGGCCAUGCGGGUCGUUGCCUUUGCCGUCUGGGAUACGCCGGCUUCGCAACACAGGGUCCAGGCCCACACCGGGAGCUUGGAGCCGCUCCCCUCCCAACAACCAUCCUCCCUCGGCGUUCCCAUCACCAUCGGCCACAAGGACAGAAUGGACGCUUUUAAAUCAGCUUGCGUUCGGUACAAGGCGUCCUUCUUCGAUGCGAAAUAUAAAAGAGGACAUGUCAUGCUCAGGAUCCUGCUUUGCCACCCCGACUACCAACGUCGGGGGGCAGGCAAGGCCUUGACAGAGUGGGGGAUUCAGGAGGCACAGAGGUUGGGAUUAUACACCACUGUGUUUGCGAGCCCCAUGGGACUUCGCCUCUACACCAAACUAGGCUUCACCGAGAUCGGACGAUUCAGAGUCGAGGUGGAAGGUGACGAAGAACAUCUAGAGAUCCCUGCGCUGGUCUUGAGCCCGUCAGCCGGGAUAUGGGAGAGUGGGAGGAAAGCGACUUGUGGGAUGGUUACGGGGGCGGGUUACAAUGGUGUUUCGUCGACUGUUUGCGCGUGA